AUGGGACAACCAGACUAUCAGACAAAGGACUUCAAGGUAGCGGACCUAAUGGUGUCAGGCACUGGAGAAUGGAACAUGGAGCUGAUCUCUAAACUCCUCCCCAAUGAAGCUCAAGACAUACUCAGUAUCAGGCCUAAUAAGUUGGGGGCUCAAGACUCUCUUAUCUGGCUACCCACGAAGAAUGGAGAAUAUUCCACCAAAACGGGAUAUUUCACGGCUUUAAAACGCAUGGAGACAUAUGAAAACGCCCCACUAGUACCUCAACCUUGCAACUGGAUGAAGGAUAUAUGGCUCCUACCAUUGCCACCGAAGAUCCGAGUCUUUUUAUGGAAGAUUGUUAGAGGCGCACUGCCAUUAGGCGACAACCUGGAGACACGAGGCAUAACCACAACCACCAACUGUGUUUUCUGCGGUUUGAAAGAAACAGUAAACCACAUGUUCUUAGCCUGCAAUUUUGCGACAGAAGUAUGGUCACUUGCUCCUAUCCAUUGCGGUGAUAACCUUGCCAACGCACGAGACUUCACGGCGGCCCUGCAAGCAUCAAAAGCGUCACCAAACCUCCCACCAAGAGGAAUGGUAAAAGGCUCUCUGUUCCCUUGGAUUGUUUGGACAAUAUGGAAAACAAGGAACCAAAGAGUUUUCGAGAACAUACAUUUCUCCACAGUUGAGGUUAUCCAUAAAGCAGUUAUUGAGGCACGCGAAUGGGAAGAGGCUCAAGCAGACACGAUCACAGUCAACACUGAUGCUGCUUGGAGAGAGGAAACAAAGACAGCAGGCCUUGCCUGGAUAUUCACGGACAGCAACGGGCAGAUACUACAGCAGGGGGCCAUGACAGAGGAAUGGGUCAUAUCGCCACUAGUUGCCGAAGGACUAGCCAUCAGGGAAGCCUUGUUCCAAGCUCACGCCAUUGGGAUCAACAAACUUGACAUUAAGUCGGACGCUCAGAUCAUCAUCAGAGCCAUCAACGGGAGAGAAUCUAUCAAGGGACGUUUUGGAAUUCUUCAGGAUAUCCACAAUUUAACUUGUUGUCUCUCUGUUAUCUCCUUUUCACAUAUUCCUAGAUCGAACAACAAUGCAGCUGACUCUCUUGCAAAGAGAGCACUAGCAUCUCUGUAUUCUGCUACAUGA